UUCCUCUGCAAACUGCAAACAGAGGUUUUUCCUCAGACCAAACCCUCUUUGUCAGCUCCGAUGACGAAGAAGAAGAGCGAAGCAGCUAACGAAGAUCAAACGAAAGAACCCAGUAGAAAAAUCGUCUCUUUAGUAAAAUCCCAGAAAGAAGAACAAAAAGUAUCAGCAAAGGAAGUGAAAAGCUCGAAAGAGGAAGAAGAAGAAGAAGAAGACCUCCUCUUAGACUCCGGCACUGAUUCCGACUACGACGGAGAUAGCUUGUCAGGCUCUUUGAACUCAGAUGACUUCGACGCCGGUAUCUUCGACGACUCCGAGGAGGACGAUGGUUCAAACAGAGAUACACAGGAUGGAGAUGAUGAAGGUGAGCUAGUAGAUAGUGAGAAUGGUGAGGAAGAAGAUGGGAGUGAUGAUGAUGAUGAUGAAGGCUCUGAGCAACGUGAAGUAGCCGAAGAGAGUGAUUCAUCAGAAGAUGAGGUUGCUCCAAGGAACACAGUUGGGGAUGUUCCAUUGGAAUGGUACAAAGACGAGAAGCAUAUCGGUUACGACAUCACUGGUAAGAAGAUUACCAAGAAGGAUAAACAAGACAAGCUUGACUCUUUUCUUGCUACUAUGGAUGACUCCAAGAACUGGCGCAAAGUUUAUGAUGAGUAUAAUGAUGAGGAAGUGGAGCUGACUAAGGAAGAAAGCAAACUCAUUCGUAGAAUGCUCAAAGGGGAAGCUCCCCAUUCUGAUUUCGAUCCAUAUGCGCCUUAUGUUGAUUGGUUCAAAUGGGACGAUGCGAUACAUCCGCUCUCCAGUGCACCGGAACCUAAGCGGAGGUUCAUCCCUUCAAAAUGGGAAGCCAAAAAGGUUGUUAAGUUGGUUAGAGCGAUAAGGAAGGGACUGAUCAAGUUUGAUAAGCCUGAAGAGGAGCCUAAUGUAUACCUCUUAUGGGGUGAUGAUUCAACUUCAGAUCAAAAGAGCAAGCACUUGACUUAUAUUCCUCCACCUAAACUAAAACUCCCAGGACACGAGGAAUCAUACAAUCCUUCUUUGGAGUACAUUCCAACAGAGGAAGAGAAAGCCUCUUAUGAGUUGAUGUAUGAGGAAGAUCGUCCAAAAUUUAUCCCUAAAAGGUUUACAACUCUGAGAAGCAUCCCAGCAUAUGAGAAUGCACUUAAGGAGUCUUUUGACCGUUGCUUGGAUCUAUACCUAUGUCCCAGAGUCCGAAAGAAGAGAAUAAACAUCGAUCCUGAAUCUUUGAAGCCUAAGCUACCUAGUAGGAAGGAUCUUAGACCUUAUCCAAACUCCUGUUAUCUUGAAUAUAAAGGACAUACAGGACCUGUUACUUCCAUAUCCACUGAACUUUCUGGCCAGUGGAUAGCCUCAGGUUCAACUGAUGGAUCUGUUCGUAUAUGGGAAGUGGAGACUGGUAGGUGUCUUAAGGUCUGGCAGUUUGAUGAAGCUGUUAAAUGUGUUGCCUGGAAUCCUCUUCCUGACUUUCCCAUUCUAGCCGUCGCCAUGGGAAUAGAUUUGGUUUUCCUGAACACUGAACUUGGAACUGAUGAGGAACAACAAAGGAUUGAAGAGCUGCUUCGCUUAGAUAAUAACCUUCCAGAACUUGAUGAAAGAAUUGAGGAGUUAUUACCUGAACUGCUAGUGAUCAUUCGCUGCUUGCAACCUAGUCAAUUAGGAGUGGAGGACGCCUUUAUCUGGCAACCACUAACGUCCGGCAUUUAUUCAACCAAAUCUGGAUAUCACUCAGCCAUGACUCGAAGCAAGUCUCAGAGUACGCGAACGGUUGUAACUCCCUCCUUUGAAUGGCAUAAAACUGUAUGGUCUGAACACUGCUCUCCAAAGCUCAAAGUCUUCCUCUGGUCCAUUCUUCAUCGAGCUCUACCAAUGGGAAACAACCUACAAAGAAGAGGCAUCAAUACAACAGUAACCUGUCCAAGGUGUGGAGAGAGUGAGUCAACUAUGCAUAUCUUUUUCUCUUGUCAGUUCACAAAUAAAAUCUGGAGCUUAUUACCUCUUGCCAAUGUAGCUCACCUAGCUACUUCUCAAAGCUUCGAGGCGGUAUUGAUGGCCUUCAAACGUAUACCCUAUCUCCCUCCUUCAGGUAUAUCAACAAACAUUCUCCCCUGGGCUUGUUGGCAGAUUUGGAUAUCCCGAAAUCAACUCAUCUUCGAAGGCAAGAGCCCAUCAAUCAAAGAGAUAGCUCUCCGUACAGUGACUUCGGCUCGAGAGUGGAUCGCUGCACAAUCAACGACUCAGCAGAAGCAAACCGCACAACCACAGGCUUCAAAGUGGCACUACAAAGAUCCGGAACUGAAGAACUCCAUCUGCUGCUUCUCCGAUGCUUCAUGGAAUAAAGACAGUCAACGCUCGGGUCUCGGUUGGAUCUUCAGAGAUCAGAAACCCACCAUCUGUAAAGGAUCGAAAGUGAUGGAUUCUGUUAGAUCACCUCUGUUGGUUGAAGCUCUCGCCGUUCGAUCAAGUCUCCGACAUGCAAACCUCAUCGGAAUCGAAGACCUCACUGUCUUCUCGGAUAACCAAACGCUCAUCAAAGCUCUUAAUAGCAAGCUAGCACCAAAGGAGAUAUUUGGAGUCGUCGCCGGCAUCAAAGGUCUUGCAGCUUCGUUUAUCUCAAUCGCUUUUUUCUCUAUCUCUCGCGCAAAGAAUCUUGAGCCAGAUGGUCUCUGCAAAUCUGUCUUGCAAAACCCAUCAUCUGUUAUGGGCUUUUCUUUGGGUCGUAAUUUCCCCACUUCGAACUUGUAUUGGGGUGGACCCUAA